UUUUUGAACCAAAGUACGGUGUUUAUUUUAUAAAUAAUUAGCCAUCUACACGGUUCAUUCCUGCGCUACGACUUUGCAAAUAUACGAAGUAAACAAACACUUUGCGUGUUUAUGAAAUAUUUAAUGUAUAACCUUUAAAUCGGUGGGAAAUCUGUAGCUUGAAAUAUAUUAAAAUUACAUUGGCUCAGAGGUUAUAAGAUAACAAGUAUACUUCACAAACGAAAAUGUCGCCAAAAAAUGCGAAAUCUGAAAUCGAAAUCGCAGUUAAACUGGAAGAGCCAUUGACAAGUGGCUCGUGCUCAAAAUUGGCAAUAGAACUUAUAAAAUAUUUAUUGUAUCAAAAACAACAGGUGCCUUUUUCAUAUGAAUGUUUAACGCAGCUGCAAGCAAAGGCCAAACCCACGGACAAAAACUUUUCAUCGAUAAAAGCAGUUUUGAAUACUUUGGAAAAUGUAUCGGAGCACCUAACUUUGCAAUUACAACGUGAAGACUGUAAUAUAAAAGAGAUCGUCGUCGUUAUCGGAGCAACUAUAGUAUCGCCUAAAUUUUGUGUACGAGUUGAAAUAUCACCAAAGAUUCUGAGCAAUCGGAAUCACAUGGAUUGUCAGCAUUCAUCGCGUAAACCUUUGGUGAACCUUAUGAAAUCUAUGAUUGCAUGUUCAGAAUUUCAAGAAGCAGUUGCAUCGCCCUUGGGUCCAACAAAUACAUUUAUCCUACUUCAUAAAAGUGAUUCCAAUGUAAUUUCUGAAUUUUUCCUUCCUAAACCCCAGUAUGCACCACCGGUUCGAGUUCCCAUGAGUUUCCGCAUAAAAUUUCAACUCUCCGAAAGUUUUAAAACAAGUUGUAAUUGUAUGGCUUUAGUUAAGAUUUACCAUGAAUCAUCUCGUGAACAUGUUAUAGAACGUUUAACACUGCAAUCAAAAGAAUCACUAGAAUCCGAUGCAUACCAUAGUACAAUGGCUCCAUAUCAAUGGUAUCAAUCUAGAGAAAUAAUUAAAGGUUUCAAAUUUAUACGAUAACCUUCAAUGAAAAAUGACUAGACAUAAUUACGAUGUAGUAUGUUAAUUAAUUGCAGUUUUUUUACACUCUUACUUUUUUAUGACGAAGCUUUCGUGUAGUAAGCAAUCAGGAUUUCAGAAAGGCAAUUGCAACUUGACAGGCAUAUUUUGUAUUAAACAUUGAUAGUUUACAUACUGGCAAUGUACUUAAAACAAUUUUAUUAAAUACUAGAUAUAAGAUUUAUAAGCAAUAGGUAUAAAUGACAAAUAGUGGAGGAAUUUCCAUUUAAUCACAAACCGAAAUUUUACAUCAAAUGAUAGAAUUAACUUUUCCGCUUUUAACAAUGAAACAAAGAUAUAAGAAGGUAGAUUUUAAGAUUUUCGAAUUUAUUAGGUUACGGUAUUUUCAACUUGUCAUAUAUCUUGUGCGAUUUGAAAAUAUUAAUUGCAAAAAUAAACUAUUUACAGAUAUAAAAGAUUGGUUUUUUAAUUGCACUAGAUCACGCAAUUACGUUUAAUGCCAAGGUACAAGUGAAAAGUAAAAAAAUUCAGAUAAACAUACAAGUUAUCUUCUACCAGUCACCACAAGUUGCAAUGUCAAAAGGUCACGUAAAACUUUUCCAUCUGUCCCCUAAAUUACGUUCAAACCGCAACGAACAUACGUCAUCAUAUUUUUAAGCGUAUAUGACUAAUAUUCGUAGAAUACUGUUUACUCGAUCGAUCAGUCCACUGUAUUUACUUUAUACAUAAAAUGAAUUAUAAUGUUCUACUUUAAUUCUUUUGCUCCUAGCGUCGAAUGUAUCCGACAUCCACGAAACGAUUAAUGGACAGUCCGUCGUGAAAGGAAUAAAUAAAAGAAAACACUCGAGGAUAUAAGCAGUUUUAUUGCUUAUUGUUUUAAGUAUUUCGUUCUUGCAGCAUACAUUGCGAUAGAAGGUUUUUCCUCGAAAAGUAUAAUUAUACAUAGAUAUACAAAUGCGAAAAUAAAUUGAAGUCACUAAUUGAAA